UUGCAGAAAAUAUUGAAAUAGAAUCAUCUUCAUCUCAAAAAAAAGAUCACAUUUCAAAAAUUAUUAAUAAUAAUGACAUCGAAUAUAAAUCAAUGUGCGAAGACAAUGAUCAUCAAGAUUACAAUAAUAAUUAUUUAUCAAUGACGAAACAGAAGCGCGACAAAAUUGCAGAUGGCUGCCAACAUCAAUCUAAAAAAAAUUGCAUGACAAGAAUUAUAAAUGGGCAAAUAGUAGAUUCGCAUUACGAGGAAGUCUUUACAAAAAGCGAGUUAUUUGAUAGUCGAAGAGAAAAUCGCCAAUUGCUUCAUGAUACAAAUAAUAUCAUUCAAAAUUGUUACGAGAAUCCCCCAAUUAUAACGAAUCGAAUAAAACCAGUUCUGCUGCGAGUUGUAAACUGGUUCUUUGGUGGUUGUCCAGAAGCCUCGAGACGACACCAAGAGCAGAUCGAUGAGAUCGAAAAAGAGGAAAUUUUCAAGUCCACCAACACGUGGCUCCUCUAAGCGAACGAAUUGUAUCUAUUGUAGUAAGGAUGUCGAUAAACGUAGAGAAUCGUAUCUUUACUUUUAUUCGUGAAAGUAACAUAAAAAUAAUUUUAACGUUAUAUCACAUUGUUAAAUUAUCAACAAUUGUAGAACAAUAUUUUUAAAUUCACAUAGCAACAAUUCUUAUUAUAUCCUUUUCAUCAUUUGUCA